AUGAUCAGGGAGAUGUAUAGAAAUGUAAAGACCAGCGUCAGAUCUACAGUUGGAAGAACAGAAAAUGUCCAAGUUGGAGUCGGGCUACAUCAGGGAUCUUCUCUGAGGCCACCUCUGUUUAACAUCGUCUGGGAUGUGUUAAAAGAGGAUGUCAGGGAGGAGCCACCAUGGUGUCUGCUCUAUGCAGAUGACAUAGUCUUGGUAGCCGAGAACAGGGAAGAACUGGAGGGGAAGCUUGAAAGAUGGAGAUAUGCCUUGGAGAGAAGAGGUUUAAGAAUAAGCAGGAAAAAGACAGAAUAUAUGACAACCAAAUUGGAUGGCAACCAGCAAACAACAAUCAAAUUAGGCGGAGGAAACAUCAAAAGGGUUCAUAAAUUCAAGUACCUUGGCUCAGUGAUUGACAAUGAGGAAAACAUGGAGGAGGAAAUUAACAACCGGAUUCAGUGUAGUUGGAACAACUGGAGGAAGGUGUCUGGUGUCAUAUGGGAUAGGAAAGACAGGGCUAGAAAUGAACAUAUUAGGGAUACAGUAAAGGCCACUGAAACAUCAAAGAAAGUGCAAGGGGCAAGGUUAAGACGGUAUGGCCACCUGAUGAGAAGAGAAGAGCAACACAUGGCAAGAGAAGUGAUGGACGUGGACGUGGAGGCGGAUGGAACACGAAGAAGAGGAAGACCUAAGACCAGGUGGAGAGUUUGCAUUAGAAAUGAUAUGAGGGAGAAGGGAGUACGGGAGGAAAUGACACAGAACAGAGGUAGAUGGCAGAGACUCAUUAAAAACAGCGACUCUGAAUAG